AUGUCUUGCCAUCAGUGUCAGAAGUCGGGAAACACGUCCCAAAGGGAUGAGAUGCCUCAACAACCUAUGUUGUUCUGUGAGAUAUUUGAUGUUUGGGGCAUUGACUUUGUGGGACCAUUUCCCAACUAUAGUGGGUAUCUGUAUAUUCUGUUAGCGGUUGACUACGUGUCAAAGUGGGUGGAAGCAAUACCUACCUGCCUUGACGAUGCCAAUACCGUCAUCUCUUUUAUUAGAAACUACAUUGAAAGUAGAGGCACUGCUCAAGCGCUAUGGGGUAGUGCUAAGGUUGCCACUACUUAUCAUCCGCAAACCAACGGACAAGCAGAGGUGUCCAACCGAGAGAUUAAGAGAAUAUUGGAUAAAGUGGUCAAUCCACAAAGGAAGGAUUGGAGCCUCCAGUUAGGAGAUACACUAUGGGCGUAUAGAACGGCUUACAAGACUCCGUUAGGGAUGAGUCCCUUCCGGAUCGUCUAUGGUAAGGCAUGCCACCUUCCGGUGGAGAUUGAGCACAAAGCCUAUUGGGCAGUAAAGUGGUGCAACAUGGAUUUGACGCAAGUCGGAGUAGCCAGAAAAUUGCAGCUAGAGGAGCUCGAGUAUUUGAGGAACGAACCGUAUGAGAAUGCCUGGAUUUACAAGGAAAAGACUAAGGCAUUCCAUGACCAUCACAUCCGAAAGAAAGACUUCCAAGAAGGUGAUGAGGUUCUCCUCUACAAUUCGAGGCUUCGUUUCAUGCCUGGCAAGCUCUGCUCUAGAUGGGAAGGACCUUUCAAGGUGAAGGAGAUAAAGCCCUAUGGAGUGGUGGAGUUUUUUUAUCCUAAAAGUGAAGCAACUUUCAUGGUGAAUGGACAUAGAAUGAAGAAGUACCAAGGCUACAAGCUCCCAAAAGAGCUAGAGGUGUUCCUAUUGGCGGAUGCACCUAGAGAAGGAGAAGCUUGA